AUGUCCUUCAGUAAAGAUUGUUCAAGUGCUCUUCACAUGCUUGAGCAUAUCCAGCAAACUAUCAAUAAUACUGAUGAUGUUCAACUCCAAAUGCAAACUGCAGAAGACAUUAACAUGCUCAUAUCAGUAUUUAGUAAUCCUAUUCUAAGAAGUAUAGUUUCUAUCGAGGAUUCAUUGGGAGAAUUGAAUCAACAACUUCAACAGCAUCCUUCGAUAUUACCUGUCGAUUUGUAUGUUACACCAUCUGGAGAACUAUCGUUAAAUGUGGUACCUCCAGACGAAAUGUACGAUUCCCAAUUUGAUUCGAAAUUUGUUGCCAGGCAACAAUAUGAUGAUCAGACAGUUCCAAUUGCUAAAUUAUCCAAUAGUUCAUCUACAGAUACUUCCACUUCUCCUCAGCUUGAAACCCCUAGCACAACAAAUGGAACUUUACCCCCCAUUACAACUCAAACCUACGCUAUAGAAUUUCAGAAAGCUAUUGAAGAAUCAUCUCGCGGUCGCGAUAUUAUCAACGUUCAGCUUUUUAAACCGGAAGGAAGCAGUUUGGGAUUUAGUGUGGUCGGUCUUCGAAGCGAAGAAAAGGGAGAACUUGGGAUUUUCGUACAGGAUAUUCAAAAUAUGGGUAUUGCCGGAAGAGACGGUAAUCUUCGGGAAGGGGACCAAAUAUUAGCCAUCGAUGGACAACCGUUGGAUUCAAACAUUAGCCAUCAACAGGCUAUUAGCAUUCUUCAAAAAGCCAGGGGUUUGGUUGAGUUGGUAGUGGCAAGGGAAGCAGAAGAGGAGACACAAGAAAACCAAUUCCCUGUCGCCAGGUCUCCAUCGGCUGUGAGCGAUUCAUCCAAAGCUGGCUCCGACAUGGUGCUUAAUACGGAAUGGUCACAGGUGGAAGUGAUCGAUCUUGUCAACGAUGGUUCCGGUCUCGGUUUUGGUAUCAUCGGAGGUCGAAGUACGGGAGUCGUCGUCAAAACUAUUUUACCGGGGGGCGUCGCAGACAGAGACAGUCGCCUGCAAAGCGGAGAUCAUAUUUUGCAAAUCGGCGACGUUAAUUUACGAGGAAUGGGCUCUGAACAAGUUGCCGCCGUACUCAGACAAUCCGGAAGCCAUGUUCGUCUUGUUGUAGCUCGACCCGUAGAACCCACGUCUCCCGAUUAUCAAGCUUUAGGGAGUCACGCUCCCAUUGUGCCAACGAAAAUAUUGGGAGACCCCGAAGAACUCGAUCGUCAUCUUUUGCAAAAUGGUUACACGGAAACACUUUCGAGACAAACACCCGUACUCGAAGCUUACAACGAUCAUUUUAUUUUCCGAGAACAUCAACAAGAUAUUGAGAUGCAUCCGCAAGCAACUCUAGUCAUGGAUGCAGUUAGAAAUCCUGUCGGAUCGUCUAUACCCAUUCUCACCGCACCCUCUUUAUCGGUUCUCACAAUGGAUAUGCUACCAUUAGAAACAUCAGAUCUUCCCGAAAUGGAAAAAUUCACAGUCGAAUUAAAAAAAGAUUUACACGGUUUGGGGAUCACAAUCGCAGGAUACGUUUGCGAGAAAGAGGAACUUUCUGGAAUAUUUGUUAAAAGCAUUAGCGAGGGUAGUGCAGCAGACGUGUGUAAAAAAAUACAAGUUAAUGAUAGAAUUGUCGAAGUUGACGGUCGAUCUUUGCAAGGUUACACCAAUCAUCAAGCUGUCGAGGUUUUGAGAUCAACGGGCCAAACCGUCAGACUAUGUCUUGAAAGAUAUUUGAGAGGUCCUAAAUUUGAACAAUUGCAACAAGCUAUUGCUGCCUCCGAAAUAAAGCUUCCGACUCCGAUAUCAUCUUCAGCCGAUUCACUGCCUCAUCUUGCUAUAAGUUCGAGCGGAGAACCCAAUGAAAUAAAAGCCGAGAGAAAAAGUUCGGGUAAUUUAAUGUUGGAAAAUAUAGAGUCUGACAAUAUGAACAUCGAUAUUUGCGAUUUGGAUAUGCUCAUAGAUAAUGAUUACGAGGGAACUUUAAAACCGACAGUUGAAGCUGCCAUUCAAGCAAAGUGGAAAAAAAUACUUGGAGACGAUUCGGAAAUCAUUGUUGCUCAACUUUGUAAAUUGAGUGAGGGAGGAGGAUUGGGGAUCAGUUUGGAAGGUACGGUUGAUGUUGAACACGGUCAAGAAGUUCGACCGCAUCAUUACAUAAGAUCAAUUUUACCCGAGGGACCAGUUGGCCAAAAUGGACGUCUUCGAUCGGGCGAUGAACUCUUAGAGGUAAACGGAUAUAGAUUGCUUGGUAUGAAUCAUAUCGAAGUCGUUAGCAUUUUAAAAGAUUUAUCCAUGAGCGUUCGUAUGGUUUGCGCUCGCAGAAGUGAUAGCACUUUACCACACAGAUUGAAUGAUACAACUCAAGAUAAAGCAGCUUUUGCGGGAAGAAACAUCUUGGGUGGCAGCUUGCAGAACUUAAUUCCUGCCACGGACCGUCUCGUAAAAGCAAAAUCAGACGGUUCUCUCGCUUCGACAACAACAACCGCCACGGCAACCGACGGGAGUUUUUCGAAAAUGAAAUCGCGAUCACUGGAACCGCUCACGGGUCUUGCCAUGUGGAGUUCGGAACCGCAAAUCAUCGAAUUGGUCAAGGGAGAACGCGGACUCGGAUUUUCCAUUCUCGACUAUCAGGAUCCCAUGGAUCCCAACGAAACAGUUAUCGUUAUAAGAAGUCUCGUACCGGGAGGAGUCGCACAAUUAGAUGGUCAAUUGAUCCCGGGUGACAGACUCGUUUUUGUAAACGAUACGAAUUUGGAAAAUGCAUCUCUCGAUCAAGCCGUGCAGGCGUUGAAAGGAGCUCCAAAGGGAAUCGUUAGAAUCGGAGUUGCCAAGCCUUUGCCGAUACCGGAUAGCGUUUCAAAUUGUCAGGUUAGUGAAGAGACGAAUCGAACCGAGACGGUCUCCCAUGAAUUUUAUAAUGACCAAUUACACGGUAAAGAAGGUAUCGAACAAAUUAGCGGUAGUAACGGUGGCGACGAAGAAGGGGGUUCCCCGACUCAAAACGUUCUUAUGAAAUCCGAGAGCUUUUAA